AGGAGAAUAACUGAAAUUUAUAAUGUAGAGAAGUGUUUCAUGAUUAAUAUUAAAAUUCGUGGUCAGUAUUUUAGUGGCUCGUCGAAGAAGGGCCAGUGAUAAAAGAUGUAUCUGGACCUGUGCAUUACGCCCUGCAUCUAUAUUUAGACAGUAAUUAUAUUUGCUGAUGCUCUUCUAUCUAAGUGCUUAUGGCCACGAGUUCAAUGCAUCAUCAUUUGAGGUUUAAAAACAUGACAAAUAUUGUGGUUUUCACGCGGCAAUUAUCGUAACUGCAAAAAGCCUGGAUUCUAACAUUGAAUUAUUCUCUCAAUUGUAAUGCACGCUUAAUUUUAGAAGAAAUAUAAACCAAUAUUAGAAGAAAAAGUGUUUGAAAAAAAGGUUAUUAGCAUAAUUUAGUAGGACUUGCCUAGCUUACCAUUUCCUAAAUAAUAGUGGAGUGAAACAACGUAAACUCAAACUGAUUGAUACUAUUAUUUGAUGUACUUUGAGAUGAUUGAUUCCAUAUGUUAAUUACACAGAAUUGUUCCAAACAUUUUGAAUAGAAUUUUUAAGUCCAUUUUUACCGUAUAAUCCUUACAUAAACAGUUUUACACUAUAUAUCUGUUGAAAGCGUAUUUUCUCAUGAAUGUUUGAGGAACCACGUUUGGAGGAAGCGUAUUUUGACAACUUAACAUGCAGAGUAUUGCAUUUACAAUUUCCUUAGAUCAGCUAACAAUUCUUAUAGCGAAAUUAUCUGACAUGAACCGCAAUCAUUCACAGACUGAUCACCUGAGAUAAAUGUACCACCAGAGCAAAUAGGAUGCAUGCGUAAACUGUUAUCAGCAACCAUGGAUCGAUCGACAUUAAGAAUAUAUUGUGGUCCAGACCCCCUCAUAUACAUUGUAGAGAAUACAACCCGUAGACACCACCAACUUUGUUCAGUUUUUAUUUCUUUAUUAAGGGAUAAAAAUGAACUAUGAAGAGAAAUGCAUACAUAAAUUUGUUGUAGGAAUAAUACAUUUCCUUCUCUAGAAGGGAGGGGCAGAAGGAAGAGUCUGGUAUCACAUCUGUCCACGUAAUGUUAUAUAGUGUCAACUCAAAUCUACUAUGGAACUUGAGUUGAAGUCCGUGGAAAAUGUGAUGGGUUUUUUACAACUGUAGAGGGGACAAAAAUCCAGUUACAGAUAAUGCUGUCUGGUUAAAUAACAGUUUAGAACUCAGACUCAUCACCACGAUCUCAAGCUGCCAGCCAUUCUAAGUUAAUUUUCAACGCAUACAUACCCCACGUCUCCCAAUUACAGGUGUAAUUCUCUUUCUUUAUCUCCUUAAAUUUCCUACCUUCCAAACUUCCUUACUGCAUGCCUCACACUACUCAUUCUUCAAUCUUUAAUUUAAUAUAAGAUAGAGUGGAAUAUUUUCAUACCUAUGUCUCUCAAGACCUACUUUGAGACUUAGUCAGAUGCUACAUAAUUAUUGGCAUAUGUGAUGAUUCAGUUCAGAUGUUUUCCUAUGGAUAGUGAUACAGCCAUUCCCUCUAUUAGCAUUACUAUAAAUAGAGUGUUUCUCCAACUUUUCCGUUCAACCAUUUUAAACAAACAGUGGAGCUUCUUAUUCUACAUUAGACUCUCUCUCUCUCUCUCUCUCUCUUAUAGUUACUGGCAUCCAAAGAAAAACAAAUGGAGCCUAUUGAGGAGAUCUCUCAAGAAUGGAUGAGUUGUCUUAGUGAAGUGUACACAGAGGAGGAAGCUGACUUCAUGAACCAGCUGCUUGGUAACUGCUCAAUCCCUGAACAGUUAUACGAAAGUUUGAACAUGGAAACAAAAGCUCCAAAUGCAGAUUCUAUCUUGUUUUUACAUGGGAGUGGGCCCUGUGAUCAUGCUACCAAAUAUAUCUUUCCCACAACAAAUGCUGGCAACUGCUCCAACAAUUUGGGCCACGUGUCCAUUGGUUUUUCCUUCCAAGAGUUGGGUCUUGACUCAGGGAGAGAGAAUCUUGCCGACAUGGAUUUGCAGGAUCACAAUGCACGCCAAGUAUUAGUUUCCGAACCAGAAAAGGAUAAUACCAGAAGCAUGGAGAAAUCAGAAAAAAGGUUUAGGAGCUCAUUUGAGGGCCCAGAGAACAAGAGGAAUGUGAAAUCUAAGAAGAAUCCAAAACCAGCUUCUUUAAGGAACACUGAAGAGGAAGCAAUUCCUGACCCUCAGAGUCAGACCUUAAACAGUUGUUGUUCAGAUGAUGACUCCAAAGAUUCUAGAGCACUGAAGUUAAGUGGAAAAUCAAGAUCUAAUAGAGACCCUGCAACUGAUCCACAGAGCGCGUAUGCAAGAAAGAGAAGAGAAAGAAUAAACGAAAGACUGAGAAUUCUACAGAACCUAGUCCCAAAUGGAACUAAGGUGGAUAUCAGCACAAUGCUUGAGGAAGCUGUGCAAUAUGUGAAGUUUUUACAGCUUCAAAUUAAGCUUCUGAGCUCUGAUGACCUGUGGAUGUACGCUCCCAUUGCUUACAAUGGAAUGAACAUUGGCCUGGAACUUAACAUCAACAUCACAAAACAAGAAAAAAAAUGCAUAUCAUAGCAGUAAAAGAAUAUUGAGAGCAGGCAGAAUCAUUCUGUGAUGAUGUUUAUAUAAGCUCUGUUCACAACCAGUGUAUAUCAACGACAAUGGAUCAUGAAAUUAGUCAAAAUUACUGAACCAUAUGUCUUUCUGAACAAACGAUACAUAAAUUUCAGUUCAUUUUUUUAUUCUUUAUUUGAGCAUUUUCGAACAUACUUCAAUGGAUAAUUGU